CCUGGGUGAUUCAGAAUGGCUGACAAGCCAAUUUGGGAGCAGAUAGGAUCCAGCUUCGUGCAGCACUAUUACCAAUUGUUCGACACAGACAGGACUCAACUAGGAGCAAUAUAUAUCGACGCAUCAUGCCUUACCUGGGAAGGACAGCAGUUCCAAGGAAAAGCAGCUAUUGUUGAGAAACUCUCUAGCCUUCCCUUUCAAAAAAUUGCUCACAGCAUAACAGCACAAGACCACCAGCCCACUCCAGACAGCUGUAUAUUGAGUAUGGUAGUAGGCCAAUUAAAAGCCGACGUCCUUCCUCAGGUCCUGGGCUUCCAGCAGAGCGUUCUGUUGAAACGUUGUAAGGAGGCCCGGGUGUGUACCAGUGAGGUCUUCAGGCUGGGCCUUCACAACAUGUAAACACUUGGCCGGCUCUGGCUGGUGCUGCCCGCACCAGUAAGAAUUUGCACACCGUGUGAAUGAAAUACUGCAGCAGCUGACCAAGUCCUUGAUCAAAAGCAUGCUGCCUUUGUUCCAUAGAUUCAUGCUUCGGACAUCGGAGCGUUUUCUUUUUUAAAAAUAAAAAGAUGCACCGAUUGCAGGGGGUCACUUAAAGCAUGCAAACACAUUGGCUUGUUUAUAACCAUUAACCUGCCAGGGCAUUUCUCUAGACUGAAGCUCGUGUUCAUUUUGACUCCUCGUUUUGUCUGUUUUUUAUUUUCUCUUAGGAUGUAGCCUCCAAUAUACUAAUAUAUGCUAAGUAUUACCUUUUUAGUAGUUUGUACUCCGAAACUUACACAGUCGAGAUUUCCAGGUGUUUGCUUCAAUGUGCUGCAGAUUGUGCACUCAGGCACACUUUGUUUUGUUGAUGGUUGCGUUGUGUGUUACUCACAUGCUAAUACAGUGCCUGAUGGCAGGCUCAGUGCUAUGAAGCCCCUCUUGCAGCAUGUGGCCUGGGUUGGGUAAUGGGCAGCGCUGGACUCCUUUCAGAGUAUGAGAGCCCAGCAGUGUCAUUCUGCACUGCACCAGGGGGAGAGGGGUGCUAUGCUUUUGUAAGAGUGAUGGAAGGCUUGGCUACAAGCUUUCUCUCACACCCACACCCACACCCACACACACACACCCACACCCACACCCACACACACACACCCACCCAGCCUGAAGCCCUUGUAGCAUGAUUCAGGUGCACUGCUGGUACAAAAAGCUGCAGUCUGUUUGCCUGUGACAUCCUUACAGGGGGAUUCACCAGGCAGCUCACAAGUGAUACAAGGCUGCAACAUCCAGUCAGGUUUUGGGAACUGUCUCACGUGCACAUCUAAAACAAUAUUGUUCAGGAGGGAUGGCAGUAUCCCUUUUUUCACAAUUUCACUUUAUAUUAAAUCAGAAUUAUUCAUAGGUAGGUCAGGUGCAUACAUACGUAUAGAAGGUACCAGGACCGAAGAUUUCUCUUUUUAACUAUAAUCCGGUCAUUGAUAAUUAUUACUAUAAUACGCUACCAAAACCAGAAGAUAUUUAGUUGACGGUUAACUUUCAUGAAACUAAAUCAACAGCACUUCUCUAUUUAGGUGCCUGUGGUUUUCAUAGUCUCCAUUUUGAACCAUGUAUUCACCAGAGUUGACAGUCGUGUGACCAGUGUGCUGAUUGGCUCUCGCUUGGAACUCAUCAUUCGGAAUAGGUUGGCGGUCACGUCCGACGGAGGGAGUGGCCGGGCAGAGGCGAUAGGGGUGACAAUAGGUUGCUAGGAUGUUUUCCAUGUGGGAUACGUUCCCUUGGGAUAAAUGUUGCCAACAGAGUGCCCCAUGUAAGCAGGGCCUUCAGGGGCAGGUAUG